ACUCCGCAUUCUCAGUGAGGCCAGUUUGAGAGAAGAGAACAUGCUGUGGCUGGGUUGCAGUUUACUGCUGGCGGCUCUUGCAGCUGUUGCAGCUGCUGAGAAGUUGGUUGGUAGUGCCAAGUGCCAACAAGAUUCUGUGCCGUGGCAAGUCUCCCUCCAGUCAGUGCACCAUGUCUGCAGUGGGGCCCUCAUCAGCCAAGAAUGGGUGUUGUCCUCAGCUCAGUGCAGCAGGAGCAGCCCAGACCACAUGGAGGUCUGGCUUGGCCUACAAGUCCCUGAGACUCUUCCUAAGGAGAAGCAACAGGUCAUUGCUGCUGCCAAGCUGGUCCCUCAUAAGCAGUUCAACAACUACACACUGGACUAUGACAUCAUGCUCAUCAAGCUUGCACAACCAGCUGUCCUGGGUGAGCUAGUGCAGCCCAUCAGUUUGCCCAGCCAAUGUGCCAUAGCUGGGACCCAGUGCCUGGCUUCAGAAUGGAUCAGCAGCAACUGCAGCUGCUCAGGAUCAACAUAUUUUGGGCUUACAGCUGAUGGAACAGACAGCCUUCUGCAGUGCUCCUACCUUCCAGUCACAUCUGAUGCCACUUGCAACAAUGUCUACCCAGGACGGUUCACUGACAGGAUGCUUUGUGCUGGACAGCUGGACAGCAGCCAAGAUGCCUGCAAGGGAGAUGUGGGCAGCCCCCUGGUGUGUGAAGAAGCCCUCCAAGGACUGCUGUCCUGGAAGAAAAGCUGCAGUGAAGAGAAUCGGCUGGGGCUGUACACCAAGGUCUGCAUCUUUGAAGACUGGAUCCACUACACAAUUGCCAACAACUGAAGAGCAAUAAAGCCAGAUUGAGCUCUGA